AUGACUUCCACUUCGGUUCUCAACUCGCUGGCCGCAGCAGGCCUCGAUAAGAUGGAUAAACUGGAGCCGUCGGACCAGACGGUGAAGAAAGAAUAUGAACAAUUCAAGAAAGACCUGACUCGUCAGGCUGUGAUUUCCCUCAAGGAUCGAAUCCCGAGAAAGAUUCUCCACUUCAACAACCUCACGAAUGUGAACGCAGAUCCCGGCUCGUUGUUUCCAGCAGCCGAUGCUGAGCAAACAUCCAAGCAGGACUCGGCGGCGGGUGAGAAUACAGACACGAGUGUAACGACAUCGGGCAGCCUUCCCCCGGGAAAACGGAUAAAGCUGGAUGAUGGCCGCAUGUGCUAUACCCACGUCAUGCCCCGACACGGGCUGAUUUGCGAACAGCUGGAGCAGCUAAAGAGAGAUGCUGCGGAGCUCGUCGAGACUCUCGGGCAAGUGAAGCUGUGGAUUCAACUGAAUGUUCCCCGCAUCGAGGACGGCAACAACUUUGGAGUCGGGAUCCAAGAAGAGGCCAUCCAAGAGCUCGCGAGAGUCGAGGACUGGGCCUUUAAUCUCUACGACGCCAUUUUCAAGUAUUACAUGGCGAGAGCGAAGUUGUCGACGAAGGUUCUGAAGUACCCCAACGUCGGAGAUUACUGGGAAGCAAUUCGAGAGCUGGAUGAGAAGGAACUGCUUCACAUUAAAUUCACGAAAGUCGAUAUGCGGAACAACUACUCUAUGCUAUACGAUCUCCUCUGCAAGAACUGGGAGAAAGUUGUAAAGCCGAAGAAUGAAGACACGCGCAGUCGAAUGACAUUCUGA